GUGGUGCCCGCCGUGCCCCGCGCUGCCCUCGGGGAAGGCGCGUCCGUGCGAGUCCGGCGGGGCCGCGCUAGCCAGGCCCGCCCAGCCCGGGCCGCAGCGGGGCCGGGCCGGGCCGGGCCGGAGGGAGCGGCGGGGGGAGCGGGGCGCUCCGGCCAUGGCGGCCAACGAGGACCAGGAGAUGGAGCUGGAAGCGCUGCGAUCCAUCUACGAGGGAGACCUGUGCUUCAGGGAGCUCAGCCCGGUGUCCUUCCAGUACAGGAUAGGUGAAAGUGGAGAUCCCAAAGCCUUUCUAAUAGAAGUUUCUUGGCCAGAAACAUAUCCACAAACAGCACCAGUCAUAUCAAUGGAUGCUUUCUUCAAUAACACAAUAUCUUCAGCUAUUAAGCAAAGUAUAUUGGAUAAGUUAAUGGUAGAAGUUGAAGCAAAUCUUGGAACUGCAAUGACCUACACACUUUUUGAAUAUGCCAAAGACAAUAAGGAGGUGUUCAUGGAAAACCAGCCUGUUAACACUGUGACUUCAGUAAGCAAUAGUAUUUCAAUUGGAACUCCUGAUGUGCCACCAAGCAAGAAAAAAGAGAAAAAGGAGCAGUUAUCCAAAACCCAGAAACGAAAACUAGCCGAUAAAACAGAUAACAAAGGGGAGCUUCCACGAGGAUGGAACUGGGUUGAUGUAAUUAAGACACUACUGAGAUAAUUCUCUGGAAUGUGA